CUUGGGGAGGACUUGGGCUUCGGCAAAGCAACCAAUCCAGCCACCGACCAAGGUUGGAGAAGCCAACAAACACUUGAAGCCAUGUUUCAAGAUUUUGUCCAGCUUUUCUUGCGUUGUCAUCCUGUUUGUUGGAGCUCGAGUGGCAUCGUCGAGCGCGUUGCUUUCCGGCUUCCGCGUCCGUUUGCCGCCGCAAGAAUUGCUUCAUUUCAUGCGCCCCGCGGCUACAGAGCGCGUGCUGCACGACACGCGAUGAACUCCCUAUUCCUCCAGGGCCCUCCCUCGCGACGGGAGUUCUGCCGGGCCGAAUUUAAUCUUUCCCCAACCAUGUUCUUUUCUCUUGUCAUUGCGACAUCGCACUCCUUGUGUAAUCUCCAGCCGCCCGUUUCUCGCGCGACGCUCGCCUUGAGGGAUUGUCGCGCGCUACUGCCGUGCUUCUAGGGUGUCUAAGGUUGGAAGAAUUUUCGACGAUAAUCCGUACUCUCACCCUGAUUGGGAUCCCAUUCUGCCGGGUUCACAUGGGCCCUCCGGAUGGUGGCUCCAGGCCUCGACUGCGU